UACCAAUGGCCGAGUUGUUUCUGCAUUGCUCUAUUAUUAUUUUUAACUGCGAAGUAUUUUAGUUAUUUGUAAUUCUUUCGAAAACUUGAACGUUAUCAUUUGAUGCAGUGUCAUAGUUUUGAAUUCUUACAAAAUGGUACUUUAGCAACAUACCACCACGAUGUUUAACCGCGGAUGCGUUACGGACCGCAGUUCAUUGCCUUAUGUAAAACUGGUAAUGGUGUUUCUUCCGUGAGUGACCGAAAUAUACAGUGACUUAUGUGUAUACUUAGCUUGUUGAUGUGACUAGUGAAGAAAGUGUAAAAAUGUCAAAUUCAACGGCUCAAGUGUUGAUGAAGAAGGGGAAACGAGGUGCAGCUGCGUAUAUCCAUGCGGAUUGCGCGAGUGGUUCGCCGCAGCACCUCGGCCCACUUCUUGACGUCUUGCUGAACCCCAGCAAGGCCAUAGAUGAGUGGGAGACGAUUGACUGGUGUCGUUGGCUUCUAGCGGGCGGCCGAACACCUGACGAAUUCGCCGCAGUUGUGCGGAGUUACGACAAACACGACAAAUGCGGUCUCGUUUGGAUACCCCGUGUCGUCGCGUACAGAUGUCGAACCUGCGGUAUAUCACCGUGCAUGUCGAUCUGUCGCGAGUGCUUCCACCGAGGGGACCACUCCACGCACGAUUUCAACAUGUUCCUGUCGCAGGCGGGCGGCGCUUGCGACUGUGGCGACAACUCGGUUAUGAAGGAAGACGGUUUUUGCAGUAAUCAUGGCAACAAAUGUCCAAGACCAGGAACAGCGCCCGCUGAGCUCAUGUGCGUCGCGGAAGCUAUGAUGCCACGCCUCAUAUUAAGACUUCUGCAACAUUUCAGAGAAAGCAGUACGGGAGCCGCCAACUCAGAUUACUAUCGCUUGGCGGUACAAGAGUGUGAGGGCUACGUUCAAAUGCUGAUGGAGUUCAACAACAUGGGCGACCUCAUGCGGACCGCUAUGACCAAAGCUCUCAUCAACCCACAGAUGUACCGGGACCUGGUGUCACCACCACACCCGGACACAGAGUACGGCACCUACAUGACUGAAUCCAACAAGAUGUACGAGAAGGCUAUAGAUUCCUUUCCAGCUCCAGAUCCACCUGACGAGUACAGACACCUGCCCGCGCUGGCGCCUCGUCUGCAGCACAAUACACUGCUGGACGAAUUCAUUUUUUGGACCUUCAAAUACGAAUUUCCACAAAACGUCGUCUGCUUCCUACUCAACAUGCUGCCCGAUCAAGACUAUAAGGAGCACCUGACGAGGACGUUCGUGAUGCACUACGCGCGCAUCCCGCUCGUGCUGGAGAACUCUGCCGACCCGGAGACGCUGUCCAACCGCGUGGUGCACAUGUCGGUGCAGCUGUUUUCCAACGAGGCGCUGGCUCUGCGCUGCGUGCAGCAGCUGCACCUGCUGCACGUCAUGGUGCUGUCGCUGCGGCUCAUGAUGGGGAAGAUCCUGGUGCAGAACACGCUGCACGACCCCGAAAAGAACUUUCACUAUGUGAUCGACUGCACAAAACGCGUGAUGAAGGAGCACUGCUACUGGCCGCUGGUGUCAGACUUCAACAAUGUGCUGUCGCACCGCAGCGUGGCGCUGCUGUUCCUGCAGGACGACGCGCUCGUCGACAUGUGGUUCGAGUUCCUGUCCAUGUUGCAAGGAAUGAACGUGAACAUCCGCGAGACGGGCGGGCACAUCGAGUUCGAGCCGUCCAGCUACUACUCGGCGUUCUCGUGCGAGCUGGAGGCGGCCGCCUACCCCAUGUGGAGCGUGCUGGCGCACCUCACGGAGCCCGCGCACGCGCCGCUCGCCACGCGCAUCGUGUCGGCCGCGCUGGGCUACCUGCAGGACUGGCUGGACGCCGUGCACUUCGCGGCGCGCCGGACGGAGAUGAUGCACGCGUCGUUCCACUUCCCGCUGCACCGCUACCUGGCGGCGUUCCUGUGCGCCGGCGUGCGCUGCAUGGGGCUGCGCGCCGCCGACGUGCUGCCGCCGCCCGCGCUGCUGGCGCUGCUGGCCGCGCACCCGCUGCGCGUGCAGAGUCUGUUCUACGAGAUUCUGGCAGGCGUGUGGGUUCGAAACGGGCUACAGAUCAAAGGUCAAGCGAUGACGUACAUCCAGGCCAACUUCUGCAACUCGAUGGUCGACAUGGACAUAUACUGGCUACAGAUCUGCGCCGCGCAUCUACCCGCUGACCAAUUCGUCGACAUGUGCAUUGAUGUGUUCGGAGUCCGCGAGUGGCUGAGCAUGACGCCGAUGUCGCAGGUGCAGGCGGCGGAGCAGGACGCCAUGGUGGAGGGACUGCUUACCUUCCUAGCGAUCCUCGUCUCCUCGAGGACAAAUCUCGGCAAUGACGAGUUGACUCAGUCUAGGCUAGAGGUCGCCACUCUUCUGGCGGCCGGCGAUAAGACGCAUUCGCAGCUGCUGGAGCUCAUGCCGGAGAGGUCGGGAAAUGCGCACACGAGGAACUUCGAGACUGUGCUGAAAGAGCUGUCCGUGUACCGCGCGCCGCCCAAGGGCUCGGAGAGCCUGGAGCAGGGCCUGUUCGUGCCGAGGCCGGCCGUGUGGGAGCGCCACUACGACCCGCUGCACGUGCUGCGGCGCGCCGUACACCGGAGGGACUUCCACGCCUCCAUGGACCGCUUCGCCGCCUACGUGCGCGACAAGCAGAAGGCGGAGGGCGUGACCGGCGCGGGCCCGCUGUGGCCGCCGCUGCGCGCCGCCACCGCGCCGCCGCCCGCCGCCGGCGACCCGCGGCAGCUCUGCGCCUCCGGCGUACUGCACGGCGCGCUGCUGGCCGUGCUGCACCGCGGCGUGCGGCGCCGCUACACCGAGGGCGCCGAGGCGGAGGCCGAGCCCGCGCCGCCCGACCACGUGCUGGCGCUGGCCGUCUACCUGCUGGCCGUCGCCGCCGACCUGGCCGCCGAGCGCGCGCGCACGCACAACCGCGACGUGUGCGUGGCGGAGAGCGUGAGCGGCUCGGCGAGCGCGCGCGUGUCGGGCGUGCCGCUGCUGCGCGCGUUCGCGGGCGGCGCCGUGUGCGACAACGCGCGCACGCUGCUGCUGUCCGUGCCGCCGCCGCCGCGCGCCGCCGCCCGCCAGCUGCACCGCAGCGAGCGCCGCGCGCCGUCCGACAGCGAGCCCGAGUGGGAGGCCGCCGACGACGCCGCGCCCAGCAAGGCCUCGCUGCCCGCCGCCAGCACCGCGCUCGCCGUGCCCUCCGACCUGCAGGUGGUGCGUGGCAGUUCCGUGUCAGACGACCAGUCCGACACGGGCGGGGAGACGCCUGAAAUUCGAGCUUUAGAGAGUGGCAGCAGUGACAGUCAGGCGCUGGUGCUGCAGGGGCUGCCGCGGAUCCGCGCGGACGAGGACGUGGAGAUGGAGGCGCAGCACAUGACGCUGGCGCUGCCCGACCCCGCCGCCGCGCUCGCCGCCGACUCGCCCGUGUCGCUGCACUACGAUAUACGAGACAUGGAGGUCCCAGAUUGGGGCUUCGAAGGCAGUCUGUUCGAGGAGACCCCGGCGCCCGCUCUCCCCGCGCCCCCCUCCGCCGACCCGCAGCCCUCCUCUAACACACAGAUGCAGUUGCACACGCAGGCGGACGAACAGAUCAUAGUCAAUGAAUCGAUAAUUUCCUUACUACUCAAAUUACACUCGCAACUAUCGGGGCGGCUCGAUUCGUUUUCGCUGGAGGAGCCGCCGCCCACUUCACAGGAGCCUAUCGGGGACGGUCCGUACUUCAUCGGGUCGCUGCUGCACAAGCUGGCGGCGCUGGACGCCCGCUGCGCGGCCACCGUGCAGCAUCUGCGGCGCACCAUGUGGCCGCUGCAGCGCGAGCGCCAGGCCGAGCAGCGCGCGCGCGAGCGCCGCGAGAAGGAGGAGCGCUCCCGCCGCGCGCGCGACCGCCAGCAGCAGCUCAUGCGGGAGUUCGCGCGCCGCCAGCAGCAGUUCCUGUCCGCCAUGGCGGGCCUGGGCGCCGCCGAGGACAUGGAGUGGGAGGACGAGGUGCAGCGCGACUACGAUUGCGUCAUUUGCAACACCACCGCGCCCUCCACGCCGCAGGACCCCAUCGGCCUCGUCGUACUGCUCCAGUCGACGUCGGUGCUGGGCCACAGGCGGCGCAAGGGCAGCGGCCAGGCGCGGCUGGCGCUGUCGGAAGUGGAACGCGAGCGACUGUCGAUGCAGCACCGCGGUACGGCAGCUGCGCACUUCUACCGCCUGCACGACGACCUCAGCCUGUACUUCGACCAGGAGUCAUGGGUGCUGUCGUUGUCGGUGGGCUGGGAGGGAGGCGUGGCGGCGCAGUCGUGCGGCCACCACCUGCACCUGCGCUGCCUGCGCGCCUACAUGCGCUCGCUGGCCGCGUCGCAGCGCCCGCACAACCUGCACGUGGAGCGCGGCGAGUUCCUGUGCCCGCUGUGUCGCCAGCUCGCCAACAGCGUGCUGCCGCUGGCGCCGCCGCCGCCCCGCGCGCCGCCGGUGCCGCCCUCCGACCACCGCGUGCUGGCUGCGCACAUACUGGACAUGCUCGAGAGGGAGAGACCAGCGCCGACGCCCAGCUGCCUGUCGGAGGCCAUGGGUAAGGCUAUGGAGGAGAUGACGGCGACGGCGACUAAUAAGUUAAAAAUGCGAUACGGAUCGUCACCGGCCGCCAUCUUCACGUUCGUGGCGUCGCUGGUGCGCACCAACGUCGAGUGCGAGCUGGUGCAGCGCGGCGGCUCGCUGGUGCAGCGACCCACGCCGCGGUACAAGCCUCGCGGAGACUGCAUAGUUCCGCUAAUCGCCGUGGCCGGCACGCACGCGCUGGCGCUGUCGGCGGCGGCGGGCCGGCUGGGCGUGGGCAGCACGUGGCGCGCGCUGGCGCCCGCGGACUCGCCCGCCGCGCCCGCCGCGCCCGGCGCGUGCGGCGCGCCCGCCUGCUCGCCCGCGCCGCCCGCGCGCCCCGUGCCGCUGCUGCUGCGCGACCCCACGGCGCUGCUCAUGCACUUCCUGCUGCUGGCCCCGCAGGCGCCGCCGCACAUGGAUAUACAAUAUUUCACAUGCAUAGUUCGAGCACUUUACGCGCUGACAUACUAUCAAGUGGUGAACCAGCUGUGUGCGACGGGUGCAUUGCCGGCGGCCCUGCGAGCGCUGCGGGGAGCCGAGGCCGAGGGCGAUGCGGGAGGUCUAGCGCAGGCCGCCAGGAUGUUACUCAGUACUCUCGCUGGACACCAUCUACUUGAGGACGACGCGGACAGCGCUUCGCCCGACAGGGAGCCCGACCUUCACACAGUGGAGUUGGAGGUACAAGAACUCCUGCUGCACUUCCUUCGUAUCUCUGCGCUACUCCGCAAACAUAUCUACGGGGGCGAGCUGCCGCGCAUCCAGACGGAGCGCGACGAGUUCCCGACGCUGCUGCGCUACCUGGAGCUGGUGGGCGACGAGGCCGCGCCCACGGCGGACAGCGCGCUGCCGCCCGGCGCCGCCGCCACCGCGCAGGCCUGGGCGCGCCAGCUGGCCGCCGCCACCACCAGCGGGCAGCUGUCCGUGCAGCGCGCCGUGCGCACGCUGCACGUGUCGUGGGCGGCGCCCAGCCUGCUGGCCCUGCCGCGCGACUACGACCGCCUGUUCUCGUACUACCACGGCCGCGCGUGCCUGCAGUGCGGCGCCGUGCCCAAGGAGGCGUCGGUGUGCCUGCUGUGCGGCACGCUCGUGUGCCUCAAGCAGGCGUGCUGCCGCCGCCACCAGCAGGCCGAGGCGGUGAGCCACGCGGCGGACUGCGGGGGCGGCACGGGCGUGUUCCUGGUGGUCACGUCCACGUACAUCAUCGUGAUCCGCGGCCGGCGCGCGUGUCUGUGGGGCAGCCUGUACCUCGACGACUACGACGAGGAGGACCGCGACCUGAAGCGCGGCAAGCCGCUGUACCUCAGCCGCGACCGCCUCGAGCUGCUGCAGGCGCAGUGGCUGGCGCACCGCUUCGACCACACCAAGCGCACGUGGGUCUGGCAUCGGGACUCCCUUUGAAGCGAGCGCGCAGGAUACGUUCACACUGUUUCCGGUAAAGAAAGUCAGCGGCAAGUCAAUUCCCGGCGCCGUCGUCUCGCACGCGGAGUGUCGCCGGUUGUUCUCACGUUAUAAUUAUGUAGAUAAAUUAUUAAAAGUGUAUCAUAUUGUUAUCUAUAUUAUUUUCUUUUUUAAGUUCUCGUGCCGAUCACGGUCAAAAGGAUUAUAUCCACUUGAUGUAUUAAAUAUAGCAAUAAUUAGACGUAGUAGGAAGUAGUGCUGUCGUAGAUAUCAUAUUGCAUUAUCGUCUUCUUCCUCCAAUAUGUCGCGGAUGUUAUUUAUGAAUUACCCAAACCGAUAUGAACAGUAUAACAAUGGCAUUGAGAUCAGAAUAGCUUGCUCAAAUUUGACAAUUAUGUAAAAAAAAAUAUGUAUAAAUUAGAUAGUGUAAGCGUUGCAGGAUCAUGGUAUUGUCGAAGCACUAUUUGAUUCGCUGAUUAAUAGUAAUAGCAGAGGCGAACCUCUGCUACCUCUUGUUUAUUUGAGAGGUAUUAUUGUAAAUACGAGCGGGACCGCUAGGACGUCCGGUGGGUGAUAGGGCUGUGAACAUGUACGUAUUUCUCUCUUAACGAUAUCGAUUUAAUACGUUUAUAAAUUAUUAUUUUUCCUUACCCAUUCAUUUAGGUUAGUUUCGAACGCAAAUGAAAUCGUUUGAUAUAUUUUAAACGGAAAUAGCUAUCUUUGUUUUUUUAAUCAUUUAAUAAUGCAUUUGAUGUGAUUACACGUAAACAUUGCUUUAGAACGAUGAAUGAACUGCAGUAACGGUUAAUCGAAGACGAUACGAUUGUAAUACCGUGACAACAUCAGUUCCGAGCUUCUUGUACAUAAUUUGAACGAAUGAUUGGUCGUUUCACGUGUAGCUUAGUUCUUAGUAUAGAUAUUUCGUGUGCAAUGUCGUGGCCUUGAAAUGUUAGACGUUUAUAUUUCGCCCGUUCGGAGCUCACGUGAUUGUUUACAUGUUGAAAUUUACUCUAUCACUAGUUAUAGCCGUUGAGAGAAAUAUUAAUAUAAUAUAUCCGUUCUAUUUUAGUGAAUACGUUAUAUAUAUCGCAACAAAUCGUAACGCGAAUAUAAUGUGCUAAAUUUUAUAUAGAUAUUCGAUAUAUUACAUACAGUUUAAAGUCAAAUGAUAUAUAUUUUAUUAAUUGAUAACAAAAAAAAAAAAAAACAUUGAAAUCUCAUAAAAUACGUAUUGGAAUAAGAAUGUCAUUUUUAAAUUAAGUUUUUGAACUCGGUUGAAUUUAUUUUUUUUUUGAAUAUUUUCCGUGUCUACAACUUGAAUGAGAUGCUAACUCGUGUGCUAAGUUCAAGCUUGAGGAACGUUUUGACGUCGGAGGGUGUAUUUUGCGUGCAUAUUUUAUAAUCGAGCCUUCGUUUUACGUUAAACUACGUUAGGUUAUUGUGAUACGACUGAUAAAAUAUAGCAGCUUUUCUUUAAAUCUUUUUUAUAGUGAUUUAGCUUUUAUUUUUUUAACAGAAAACGUCUUGAAGGUGUCCAGUAACAGGUCGGUUACAUAGCGUUAUUUAUCUAAUGUCAGAGUGUGCUCGCAUCUCAAGUAAAUAUUGUUAACUCUUGUAUCUAUGAUUGUUCAUGUAUAUAAUCAAUAAUAAUUAAAGUUGUUGAUAUUUCAUAA